AAUUCAUCAUACAAAAAUUUGAUUUUUAAAUAUGGCUUCUUCUCUUGGACUAGUAAUGUUAUUUUUAUCUUGUGCAAUAUUCCAAGCCUUUCUAGUUUCUAGUUCCAAUAAUGGUGGUCUUUUCCCAGAUUUAUACCAAUUCUCAUGUCCUCAAGCAAAUGAAAUUAUAAUGUCUGUUUUGGAAGAGGCAAUUGCUAAAGAUCCAAGAAUGGCUGCUUCUUUGCUAAGACUUCAUUUCCAUGAUUGUUUUGUUCAGGGUUGUGAUGCAUCUGUAUUGUUGGAUAAUAGUAGUACAUUCAAAAGUGAAAAGGAGGCUGGACCAAACAAGAAUUCUCUGAGGGGAUUUGAAGUGAUUGAUCAAAUCAAAGCUAAAUUAGAACAAAUUUGUCCUCACACUGUUUCUUGUGCUGAUAUUUUAGCCCUGGCUGCUCGUGACUCUGUUGUCCUAAGUGGUGGACCAUAUUGGGAAGUGCCACUAGGAAGAAGGGACUCAAAGAGAGCAUAUUUCAACAAAGCAAAUGUAAAUAUUCCAGCACCAAACUCAACAAUCCAAACCCUCAUAAGCCUCUACAAUAGACAAGGCCUUAAUGAAAAAGACCUUGUUGCUCUUUCUGGAGCGCACACCAUAGGGGUGGCAAGAUGUGUGUCAUUUAGGCAAAGGCUAUACAAUCAAAAAGGUAACCAUUUGCCAGAUGCAACUCUAGAGAAAACUUAUUACAAUGAUUUAAAAUCAAUUUGUCCAACAAGUGGUGGAGACAAUAAUAUUACUCCUCUAGACAUUGCAUCACCAAACAGAUUUGACAACUCAUAUUUCAAGCUAUUGUUAUUGGGCAAAGGUCUUUUGAACUCAGAUGAAGUGCUGCUUACUGGAAAGGUGAAAAAGACUAAGCAAUUGGUAAAGAUCUAUGCUGAAAAUGAGGCAAUAUUUUUCCAUCAAUUUUCUAAGUCUAUGGUCAAAAUGGGGAAUAUUAGUCCCCUGACCGAGUUGAAGGGUGAAAUUAGAAAGAAUUGUCGCAGAGUUAACUAAAACUUUGCUAUUUACCAAGUAUGUUUCUACUAUGUAUGUAUUUAUGAGUUGAAGGGUGAAAUAUGAA